GAAGAAUGUCAACAGAUUUAAGAAUCGCAUGUGUGAUGGUUGGUUUGCCUGCACGCGGCAAAACAUAUAUUGCUCAAAAAGUCUGUAGAUAUUUGACCUGGCUCGGUAUAAAGACAGAGUCAUUCAGCGUAGCAAACUAUAGACGAAAGUUGGUUGGUUCUGGUCAACCGGCCUCUUUCUUUGACAUACACAACAGUACCGGACUCAAACAACGCCGCGAGGCUGCCACAGCAGCACUUGAGGCCAUGCUUAGCUGGUUUGAUCGAGAAAAAGGAACCGUGGCUAUUUUUGAUGCUACCAAUAGUACAAAAGAAACAAGGGCAUGGCUUAAUGAACAACUUACACGCAACAAUAUUCAGCCCCUUUUUAUUGAAUCAAUUUGUGAGGUUGAGGAUAUGAUUGGCGCCAAUAUGCUGGAUGUCCAGACGCAUUCACCAGAUUAUAAAAAUAUGGAUCCAAUCAAAGCAAGCAAGGACUAUGAGACGCGUAUCAAGAAUUAUGUUGGAUCCUACGAGACUAUUACCGAGGAUAAUUAUUCUUAUGUAAAGUUGGUGAAUUCAGGAAGCCAAUACAUUAUCAAUCUGGUCCAGGACUAUCUCGAGAGUCGGAUAGUAUAUUAUCUAAUUAAUCUUCAGACUCGUCCAAAGCGUAUAUGGUUCAGUCGGCACGGAGAGUCUCAAUUCAAUAUACAAGACCGCAUUGGUGGAGAUGCCGAAUUAUCUGAGAGAGGACGACAGUAUGCAAAAGAGUUACCUGACUUGGUUGCAAGGAAUAUUGGAGACCGCCCACUUGUUGUGUGGACAUCGACCCUGAAACGUACGAUCCAAACUGCAGCUGGGCUACCUUACCCCAAGAAACAAUGGAAGGCGCUCGAUGAAUUAGACACGGGUGUAUGCGAUGGAAUGACAUACGAUGAAAUUGCAGAAAAAUAUCCAGAAGAUUAUGCCCGACGGGAUGAAGACAAAUUCAAUUACCGCUACCGUGGAGGAGAAAGUUAUCGUGAUGUGGUAUUAAGACUAGAGCCGGUAAUCAUGGAAUUGGAACAGCAUGAGAAUAUUCUUAUUAUCGCUCAUCAGGCAACUAUUCGAUGCAUGUAUGCUUUCUUUAUGAAUAUCAGUCAUGAGAAAUUGCCCUAUGCACGCAUACCCCUUCACACAAUUAUUGAGCUCAAAACAAAUGCGUAUUCUUGUGAAGAGAAGCAAUACAAAGUGGGCGUUGAGGCAGUGGAUACAUACAGACCAAAACCAUCCGUACCUUUAAUAAAGAAGUUAAAAGAACAGGGCGAAGCUGUCCGCAGAAAUGAAGGUGCGAGUGGCGAAAUUGCCGAUGCUUCUGAACCAAUUCUCCCAUUGUCCCCUGUAUUACCAGCCAACAAAAAACCGUCUGUUUCUCGAAUCCAAAAGUCUGCACCCAUUAAGCCAGAUCUAAUGUCUGCUUGAUUUUUAAAAAAAAAUUAUUUAGUAUUAUUGUUACCAUUGAUCAUCCACAGACUCCCAGUAUAUACGCACAUAUACAAACUCUUCAUACUCUUCACUCCAACAUUCUUAACCAUUUCUCCUUGGCCAUAUAUACAGACAUUAUUUGUGCUUUUGUUACAUUAAUCCUUUAAUAUUCUUGAUAAAUACAUCUUUACCUUGAAUCAAUAUUAUAAAAGCAUGUUCUUUUAAAAUAAAUUAAAAACCAUCAUUGAAUGCUCAUAAUUUUUU